AUGGAGGAGCAAAGGGAUCUACACAGCCCGGAGUUGAGUGAAGGGGAGAGCGUUUCUCCUUCUCCCAGUCUGCCUUCGCCGCCCAUGCUGCCUCUCCAAGCAGCGCAGCAGGCGCACAGAACCACCAACUUUUUUAUUGACAAUAUUCUGCGGCCAGAUUUCGGCUGCAGGAAGGAGCAGAGCUUAGCUGCGAGGGAGCGGGCGCAGACUUCCAGCCUAGAGCGCGCCCACCCUUUGGGCGCCAGGCCGACUCAUCCUGGAACGCCAUGCCAGGACUCCAAUUGCAGCAGCGACAGCACUUCUUCCUCCACCUCGUCCUUGGCCUUGUCUCCAACCCCCAAAAAGAGCCACUCGUCCUCGAAGGCCGACGAGAGCUCCGGAGGCAGCACGCCCAAGUUCGGCGAGAACACUUCUCCUGUUAUGGUUGUGAACGGCGUUAGUGGCGGCGCAGCGUCCUCCCCCGAAUCCCAGCCGCUGCUGUGGCCUGCCUGGGUGUAUUGCACUAGAUACUCGGACAGACCCUCAUCUGGUGAGGCAAUAGUUUUUUAACAAGCUUUUAUCAGGGUAUUGUGGCCUAAUGCGUAAUUUUAUAAAUGCGCAAUAAUCCAUUUGCAGAAAUAGUAGUCUUUCCUCAAGAUGCUUGUAUUUGAUGUAUUUUAGAUUAAUUCGUGGAAGUUGCACCUUCAUUUGUGAAAUAAAACUGUAUUUUAUACUCUAUUUUCGCACUGUGAUUAAGGAAAAUAUAUGUAGGCAAUAGUGCAGGCUUAGUGGGCCUGUUACUGCAUGAAAAUAAUGACUGGCUGGAGUGCAUAAAUAUACGCUAACAUACUCAAUCAAUUUUCAACUGGAAGCAAACCUUCUCAAUUUUAAAUGAUGAUAUAAGCUAUUAUUUGUAAAGAAUCCUUUAUUUAUUACAAAAAUAUAAGGAGCAAAAAAGCACAAAAUAGGCCACUUGAACAAUUUUGUGUUAAUAUUAUACAUAAAUACUGCAGUAGGAUUGUGUAGCAUCAGUAUUAACCUACUGUAUACUUUGUCAUUUAUUUAUUGAUCUUAUGAGUCAUUUAUUGUUUUGAUGUUAUUCAAGAUAGUCUACCAAUAUCUGUAAUUCACGUGGUGCAAGUUGGAAAAUAUUCACUGAUUGGCUUAGUUGACUGACAGACUUAGUCUAGCACGUCCACAUUCUACCAAGAAAGUAAAAUAAAUGGAAACAGUGAAAAAUCGAGUAGUUUGUUUUCAAGAGCAUAUUUGAGAACAUAUCAGAAUAUGUAAACAACAUGUCGUUGAUGAAUGUGUGGCCUAACAUUUCACUCUUCUUAUUUGCAAGUUAAAUCUUGAUCCCAUGGCCACUGGUUGCAUAUUGUAGGCUAAAGGCCCACCACAAAAUUCCUUGCAGAUGUGACAUGUUUUAAAAUAAUGUCACUUAAAAUGAGAACAUACUCCAUUAAUUGAAUUGAAAGAGAGAUAUAACUCUUACAUUUAACAGAAUACAAGUUUAGGCUCAUAUGGGCCUAUGUAGGCUUUACGUUUAUAUUAUUCACAACCUACAAUAAUUGUAUUAGACCGUGUUCAAUAUAUUUUAAAAUCGCAAUGAGACUAGAAAAAUCAAGGUUGAAUAUAAUUAAAUUAAAGAAGGUGCACCUGAAAAAACGAGAACCUGGAUAAGAAUCUCAUUGCUGUCGACAUUUUGAAUUAAUUAACCAUUUUGACUGUCUUGAUAGGGAAGGCUGUAUAUUAUCUGUGUAUGCAGUUAGUGUAAUUCUCCCAACUUAAUUUUGUUAAUCAAUAGUAGCCUAGGCUACGUUAAAUGGUAAGCAUGCACAAUGUUUAUUUUGUUUAGGCUAAGAAAGUCCAAUGGUUCCAUUGGUGUUUUGGCAUGUGAAUAAAUUAGCUUUUCAUAAUUAACGUACACUUGUCCAAAAGACUGCGUUUUAUGCCAUACGUAUUGACAAAAUCAUUGCAAAAAUAAUGACAGGGAAUUUAAAGCUAGGCCUAUAUAAGUCAACAUAAAAUAAAAUAAAAUGUACUGAAGAUUUUGUUUUUGUGUUAGAAAAAGUAGAUAGGCCUAGCAUCAAAUAGCCUACAAACUUAAGAAAUAAAUAUUAACGGAUAAAUUAUAUUUCCUGUUUCCCAUCAUAUUGUUUAUUUGUGGCUGUUUGUUUGUCUCCAGCCCCAUGAUAACAAAGGAGGCCAUUUUAUAUUUUAUUUUAUACUGUAGCGUACCCAUACGCACAUAGGCCUAUACCUAAGUCUGCAUUUUGGGAAAAAUAUUUGGACAUAAAAUCAGUAUAUCUGAAUGAAUGCCUUUAUUAGCCUAUGUCAACAAAGCUAGAGAUCACUGAGCUUGAAUUAUUAUAUUUUUAGUAGGCUUUUGAUCAAUGGUAGAUCUAUAACAGACACACUUGCCAAAAGUCCUAAAACUAUUGUAUGUUGUCAAAUUGCUGUAGUUGGCUUUAAGUUUUAGGGUUUGCAUAUUUUUGCUAAAUAAUUAUGAUAGUCGACCCACAGCUACUUCACACAAAGGCCUGCCGCUCAGUGCAGCAUGGACCUUACUCUUUUCAGUAGCCUAAUGUUAUUCAUAGUGAUUAUUAUAGGCCUAGCAUUAGGAUGACCAUAACGUUUUAUAGCCUACAGCAAAUAAUGAUCUUAUAAUAACGUUUUGUUUAUUAUUGUUUAUUAUUAUUAUUAUUAUUAAUAUAGGAUCAUGGUUAUUAUUAGGGUACGUAGCUUUUAUUGUAAGGCUAUUAUUAUGAAGUCUAGUCUAAAAUCUGCAAUGGAAUUGUUUCUGGGAGAUGAAAGCUAUAGAUCUCUGGCGCUCGCUGAAUAUUUAUAUUCCCGUUUUUAUUGUCGUCCCUACUGUAGGCCCAAGGACACGGAAAUUGAAAAAGACGAAAAACGAAAAGGAAGACAAGCGACCCAGAACGGCGUUCACGGCUGAGCAGCUCCAAAGACUGAAGACGGAGUUUCAGGCCAACCGUUACAUUACGGAGCAAAGGAGACAGUCUCUAGCCCAGGAGCUCAACCUCAAUGAGUCACAAAUCAAAAUCUGGUUCCAGAACAAACGGGCCAAAAUCAAAAAAGCUAACGGUUAUAAGAACGGCCUUGCUCUCCAGCUCAUGGCGCAAGGAUUGUACAACCAUUCCACCACAACCAUUCAGGAAGACAAGGAGGAGAGUGACUGA